AUGUAUGUAAAUGAAAAUAUGGCUUGGAAUGUGAAUGUAAAUCCAAAUAUGAAUAUAAAUAUGAGACAAGAUGACGAAUUAUCAUUUGAUGAUUCCGAACGAUUUGAGGAGGAUUCGCAAGCGUCGUGGGGUGAAUCAACAGAUGGAAUGAAUCAGAAUUGGCGUGGCUGGAUUGCUUGUCCCUCAUCAGGCGAAGCAAUCCAACCAGGUCUUUCCGGUGUAGUCUAUCAAUAUCAAUAUCCAUCCGGAAGAUAUUCAUCAGCUUCAACUAAUACAAUUGUGCACAAUCAACAACAAUCUAAACGGGUAGAUGGUGGAUUGUUAAGUCUAUGUGAAAUAUCAGCAAGAGUAUGCGCCGAGAAAUGGUCUUUUCAACAACUCGAAGAUAUGUAUCAUUUUAUACGCGCCUCGAGAAGUGAUACAACAACAGGCGGUGCAUCGAUGCCAACAACAAUUCCAGAAAAGAUAUUUUUGAGCUUCAUUGUUCAUUGUUUUCCCCAAUCAACUGAUGAAAUUCGAAUGUAUAGUACAUUAGCAAAUGGAACUUGCGAGCAAUUCAAUUGUGGAAACAGUUUAUAUCAAUUAGGCGCAGUUAAAGAUGUCUCUCAAACUGGAUUUUUAUUAUCUGCGAAUGUUUUAAACACUACUAUUGCUGAUCUGAAUCUAACGAAUCCUUUGAGCUACGAUCUUUCAAAACCUGCACCACCUAAGGAAAAAGAAACCUAUCAUGUAACUGUAAAAGUUGAUCGUUGUCGAAUUGUUGAAUGCACUUGCGAAUGUUCGUGUAGAUCAAGUUGGUGUCAACAUGUCGUGGCGCUGUGUAUUCAUCGGAUUCAUCAGAGACAUUCAAUCAAGUUUAAGUAAGUCUCCAGAUUUUUUUGAAAUAUCUAUAUAUAUAUAUAAAUGGAUUUUAAGUCAAAAGCUUAUGUCAUAUUUUAUCAAAUAUAUCUAGUGAAAUUAUAUUUAUUUUUAGCGAAACUAUCGCUGAUGCUAUCAACUCGAUGAGCGAUUCUGAGCUUCGAAAACUUGUCCAAUGGCACAUCAACGAUAUUCCAAGAAAAUGUAUUCCUGGAUUUCAAAACCUCAUUGAUCAAAUCAAAGAUCCGAAUUCGGAAAUUAAUCAGAUCGGCGGGGCGCCUGAUCCAACAGAUGGUGGACAUGAACCGGUUUCGAGAUUUGAUUUUCCGGAAAUUGAAGAUAAAGUUCGACGGUUGUUGUGUAAAUAUUGUUUGCCAUUGCCGUCGGUGCAUUGGUGAGUGUUUUUGGGUUGGAAUUUUGACUCCAAAUGACCGAAAAAAUCUUUCCAAGCCAUACCUAACCUCCUCUCUCCCCAAAAAUUAAUCAACUAUAUUUCCAGUGAUGUUCAAUAUCUCAAUACAACUCAACAUCCAACAAGCAUCGAAUGGAAUUCUCUCAUAAAACCGUUGCGAUCUCGAGAACCCGAAGGAAUGUGGAAUUUGCUUCAAAUGGUUCGAGAAAUGUUUGUUCGAUCUGAUGAUAAUGCAGUUGCACUUCUAAGAACUAUAACUGAUGAAUGUUUAUCAAAUACACAAGUUCUUUUAUGGUGGUAUAUUACGAAAUUGGCACAAUCUGGAUGUUGGACACAAUUGAACAAUGGAAAAAUAUUGAAGACACAAAUUGUUGCACAAUAUAAUUGUUCGCAACUUUGUGAUGAAGUUGUUACACUGUGGAAAUGUGUGGCAAUGAAUCCGAGAGCUAGUAGAGAUUAUAGAUCACAAGUGAGUUUUUUGGGUGAGAUUCGGAAAGAUGAAAGUCCCGAUCUCUCGAAACCUCCCAUAUUUUUCCAGCUUGCCGCAUAUAUUCAAGAUUAUCAUCGAACCGCUGUUAAUCGCCUAAAAUCACUAAUCAGUGGUGUCGCAGACGAAGCCGAACAAAAUACAACUGAUGCAACAGUUCUCAGCAAUCAUCAAACUGUUAUUGUUCUUCAAGGUCUUAUAAAUAAUGAGGAUAAACAACAUUUGAGUUCAUUAAAUAUGCGAUUCACUGUCGAUCUUUUUCCUGCAUUUUAUCCGGCUCUUCAAAUGUGUCAUUUUCUUUGUGAGCAGAAUAUCAAUUUCGGUGUUCCGAUGGAUGCAUUAUUCGAUGUGGCAGCACCGAAUUUGAAUAAAACUGUGCAGAAAAUUGCACCGCAAAAACCGAAACCAUCGUCGAAAAAGAAGAAGAAGAGGUCGAAAAAGAGUCAUGACGUGGCAGGAUCAUCGAAUUGUGAAGAUAUUGAUAAGGUUUGGAGAAUUGUUUAUGAUGAGACGAAGAAACCGGUGACAAAUCAGGAAAGCACGGAAAGUGGACAGGAGAGUGAUGUACAACCACAAAUGGUAUGUUUUUUUUUUAAAUUUUUACAUAAAAAAGUUAAAAAACAUUCACUUCAAAAUAUAUAACAACAAGUUUUUACGUGGAAUAAUUUUUCAUUUCACAAAUACGAUUUCAUCAAAAUUAUAGCACCAAAAUUGCCACGUGGCAUAAAUUAAAUUCUUGAAAACCUAGAUUUUAAUUUCAGGUUUCACAGCCACAAAGACGGAAAAAGAUGGAUUCGGUAGAUUUGGAUAUCAAUGAAGUUUUGGCUGCCGCAUUCACUCCACUUGACCCAAUUGAAGCGAAAUUUUUGAAACUCGACGCAUAUUCUACACAUGGUUAUAAAGUUGAUGCAAUCGAAUAUUCGAAACAAUUAAUCAAUUAUUUAUUGGAUAGUUUGCAAGAACAAUCGGAAUAUUUUAUGGAUGAUUCAAGUACUGAUUCGAGCAUUUCUGAACAACAAAAUGUUGAGCAAGAAGUUCGAAAAUCCAAUAAAUUGUUGGCAACUUUGGAAAAAGUUCUGUAUUUGACCAAAGUGUUGAGAGUUAGCCAACAGUUUCAUCUCAAAGUUUUUUGGUUGACACUGAAGGCGUUGAGUGUGACGAAAUAUCCAUUGGCCACAAAACAUCAGCAGAUUUUGUUGUAUUAUUUGGUGAGCAUUUUUUUUAGAAUUGAGGAGGGGUUUUUUAUUUUUAAACAUUAUCAUGAAUGUAAAAAAGUCAAGAAAUAGAAAAAAAGUAACAUUUUAUUGAAUCCGCUUCUCAAAACUCACAAAAUAAUCCACAUACAUUCCAGGACGCCGAAUUCGUUGCCAUUCUUCAACAACUCACUCUCACUGCUCAAAUCGGUUCAAUCGAAAUGGAACAGGUUCGAUCUGUCGCGAAAUCUCUGAUUGAAACAAACGCCGGAAAUAAUGGCGAUGUUCCACCAAUCGCCUUGGCUCAAUUUCUCUUCGAAACCCUUCAUCCAACUGCAGAUGAUUUACAAGUCAAUUCUCCGAAUUCGAAUCUUCGCCGCCUUCAAAAACCCAAUGAUGAUGAGCUAAGUCUUCAUGUGGUUUUGAAUCUGUUGGGAUGUAAUCCACCAUUUUCCGAAUCUCAAUAUCCGAUUCAUUGCGAAGCGAUUCGCAGGGAAAAAAUGGACCUGGCUGCAAUUCUUCUCACCAGAUUCAAAGAUUCUCACGAAAAAUUGGGAUUGAUUUUGGACAAAUUGUUGGAUCCAAGUUUACAUCAAAUGUAUUCGAAUCACUCUUCAAAUGCUGCAUAUUUUCUCGAUCGAUGUCCUGUAUAUUUGAAAUAUCAUAAGCAUCGACAACGGCCAGUUUAUCCGUAUAAAAUGGAGGAGGAUGGGAAUAUUGUGGGGCAGAUUGAGGAUGAGAUGAGAAGGAUGAAUGUUGCACCACAGGUUCCACUAGCAGCUCCAAUACCAGCAGCGGCGGCUUCAAUUGGAUCUAUGUAAGAAUUUUGAAGAAGUUUUUUGAAAAAUAGCCGAAAAGAAAACUGGCCAUAUUUUUUUUUAAAUCUGAAACGUUUCAAAAUUUGGUUCGGGAUAUUUUCAAAAAAAUCCUAAUAUUUUCCAUGAAUUUUUUGUUUUUUGAGACAAACUCUAUUAAAAAAUAAUUUCUAAAUUUUCUAUAAACUAUAAAAUCCAAUUUUCUAGAUCACGCGGAACAUCAGAUGAAGGAAUGCAAAGUUCGAGCUCUAGUGAAACUGGUUUAUCCGAAAGUUCGUAUAGAAGUAUGGUUCCACAUCAGCAACAAAAAUGGAAUCGAGAUGCGAGAAAUAAAUUCAGGUAAAUAGAUAUUUUUUGACUGGAAAUUCGAAACCACCUCGGAAUUCUCAAUUUAAGAUACUUUUCCUUAAAUAACUAGCUGUUUUCACUCCACAACCACAAAAAUUCUCAACUUCCCCAAUUCCCAGUUUUAGUUUUUGCAGACGCCGCCCAAUCCCAACCUCCUGCUCAAUAACCGAAGUCCACGUGCUGCACAUGAACGAACUCGCCAAAAAAAUUCUGAACGAAGCCGGCGGUCAACAAUCGAAUAUGUUUUCCUACGGCGGAAACGGGCUCAUUGGCUCAACGCAUCGAAAAUUGCAUCUUUGCGCAGUGCUAAUAGCCGUCUACGCAAUGGGAAUGAAUAAUCGAAUAUCGCCAAGUUGGAAUACUCGAACUUAUAAUAAUUCGGCGAGUUGGAUUGCUGGACAAGUUCAGGAUAUUGGACCGAUGUGUGUUGAAAUGAUUCGAGAGACUUGGAUUGCUCAUUUUACACCUUCCGAAGUUAUGUCGAUUUCAGACAGAGCUACACCUUCGCCAGACCCGAUUAUGAGAAAAGAAGCGGCACUUCUUGCGCUAAGUGUUACUCCAUUUGCUUAUUUAUUAAGCGACGAAGAAAUAAUCAGUGGUUUGGAGAAAUGUCGAGAUGAUAGUCGAGAAAUGUUAGCGCAGGCGCUCAACUCUAUCGAUACUCCUGAUUUCCGACAGAUGCAACGAAUUAAACCGUUGUUCACUGUGAUGCAACAUUGGCUAGAUCUCAAUGUUGAUGAAGAUUCCCCUCAAAAUCCGAUGUUUUUGAUGCAGUUUCGUGUUCCGCCACCGCCGCUUUAUCAUCAUCAGUUUUAUCAGAAUCAUCCGCCACCAAUGAUGGGUGUUCCUCCACCGCAACAGACGCAGUUUUUGAAUUUACCUGGGUGAGUGUUAUGGGGGUGGCCUAAGAAUUAUUUUCUUACGGUAAAAAUUACCGUAAGCUCUAACCGUUAGAGCCUCUAACGUAAAAACCCACAGUUACCUAAAUCAAAAUAAACCCCAAUUUUUCAGUCCCGAUGGACGACUUCACCAAAGCCACUCUGCUCCACAACUCGGAGCUGAAAUUACCAACCAAGAAGCUCCAAUUCUCGAAGAAGCUCAAACUUCUCUUCUCAAUGCUUAUAGUUAUGGAAUCCGUGCAAUGGAUUGUAUGGCAAUAUCAUUUGGCGAAGAUCGCUUAUUCUAUCUAAAAUAUGGUGAAAAUCCACCAUUUGGUGAUGAGAUCAAAAAAUUGUAUCAUGUUGCUGUCCAACUUGGCGCUCAAUAUUUGCUUAAUUUUUUGAACACAGCAGUUCGAGCUAUAAUGUCACCAUAUGUUUUGCAUCAAUACGCCAAGGAUAGUAUGAAAUUCUUCCCGCCCAAUUCAUUUCCACCGCCCGCAAUUAUUACCCAGAGGCCCAUUAUGAGCUCCUCCGGUGCGCCGGUUAAUCUACUGCAGACGACAAUUCCGCUUCCGCUUGCGGUCACCCAGAAUCCGCGAGUCUAUCAAAAUCAAUUGGUGAAAUUCUCGUCGCCCGGAAUUAUUAGUACACUUUUUGUGCAGAAUGGUUAUCAUCAAAUUACGGGGGAGCUGUUUGAAAGGACGUGUGAGCAAUAUUUGCAGGCGAUUUUGAAUAAAAUGAAUAUGCAGAGGACAAAUGAUUAUAAUGAGGUAUGUUUUAUGAAAGGGGGUUUGGUUGGGGCGAGCAAUCAAACUUCACGAUCAGAUUUUAUGUGAAAAAACUACAUAGAUUUUUUUUUAAUUUUCACACAUUUUUUUUGGGCGAGGCCUGCAAUAUAAUCCACAAAGUAUUUCACUUUUAAAAUCAUCAUUUUCAACAAAGAACUAUAAACUACGAGAAUUUGAUCUUCUGAAUUUUUGAUGAUUCUGAUAAAAAGUUCAAGUUCACAAAUUUGUCAUCAAGGUGAUUUUACCCCAAAGCUCAAAAUUGGAAAGUUUGAAUACUAAAUUAGCUUCGCUAAAAAUUAUGAAGAAACCUCAAUGAUAAAUUUGAAAAAGAAGAAGUCUUCUAGUUUUCGGAGCUGGAAAUUUCAACAUUUUAUUUUUUAUUUCUGGUUUUCAAAAGAAAAAAUUCAAAUUUUAAGCCUGACGCGAGCCCAAAAAUAUUUUGAAAAAACCUUAUAUUUUCCAGAUUUGCACUUUGAUCAGUCUAGCCUAUGAAGCUUUCAAAUGGAUUCCAUCACCAAUGAGCCCAAAUCUAUUCGAAGAUUUUGUUCGAACCUUCAAAAAACAGAAAACCUUCAAAAAAGAAAUGGCAAAUGCAAUAAACGGGAUGCUAAAUCAAUUAUGUUGA